GCGACUGCAGGGCCUGUGAGCGUUUCUGGACCGGAAGUUCUCCUCACAGAGAGGGGCCCAGCACACAGCAGGCCCCAUGGAGCCCCCUUCAGGUCCUGCAAGCAGGAGGCAUGUCCCCUGGAACAGGCUUCUCCUGGCAGUCUCACUCUUAACCUUCUGGCCCCUGCCCACCACUGCCUGCCUCAGUGUUGACACGGUGCUCCCCCUUGCUGCAGAAGGGACAGAUGUUCUUCUACUUGCCCACAACGUGACAGAGAAUAGUCUAGGCUAUGCCUGGUACAGAGGAGAAAGGGUAGAAAACAUCCAGUUAAUUGCAUCAUACAGAGUAGACACUAAUGUAACUACCAAAGGGUCUGCACACAGCAGAAGAGAGACACUUUACCCCAAUGGAACCCUGCUCAUCCAGAACGUCACCCAGAAAGACACAGGAUCCUACACGCUGCUCGUUACAAACGAUGAUUUACAGACAGAAAGACAAACUGGGCAUCUCUGCAUAUACCCGGUGCUACCCACACCCGUCAUCACCAGCAACAACUCCAACCCCUGGGAGCACGAGGACACUGUGGUGUUAACGUGUAGAUUUGAGACUCAGGACAUCUUCUACAUGUAUUCGAUCAACAAUCAGAGCCUCCACAACAGCACCAAGCUGGAACUGUGCAAGAGAAACAGGACUCUUACUGUGUUCAAUGUGACAAGGAAUGACGUAGAACCCUAUGUGUGUGAAGCCAGGAGUCCAGAGAAUAUCAUCCAUGGUGACCCAUUCAACCUGAAUGUUCUCUGCCAAGAAAACAGCCCAGCCCUCAAUAACGAGAUCGUUAUCGCCAUCAUGACUGGGAUCCUGGUUAGGUUGGCAGUGGUGACCACUCUGGGGUGUUUUGUUUUCUUCAAGAUGAGUAGAAGGGCCAGUGGACAGAAUGACCUCAGAGAGCAGCAGCCUCCAGCAGCCACCCUGGGACAUGGUCCUCUGGCAGCUCUGUCUCCCCGGCCUCCCUACACAGCCCCAGGCCAAUUGUUCCUCUCUAUGAGGAAUUACUCUAUCCCAACACAGAUAUCUACUGCCAGAUCCACCCCGAAGUAGAUGUGGUUUCUUAGUUUGCUCCAGAAACUUCCCCCUAAGCGCUGUGGAGAACAGCCUGCCUGAGACCCAGAGUCUGAGUGAGGUCAGAAACCUGAAGCAGAGAAACAGCUGUGACCUGUGAAGAUACUGGGGGACCUGGGCUCAGCCUUAGUGUCCCUCCUGGCCUUCUGGAGGCCCUGACAAGGCUGCUCUGAGCCCUGGAUGGAUGAAGACAAGGACUUCCAUUCCCUGAGGAACUGAGGGCUUCCAACGGAAGUGGCUGGGCCUGUGACCCACUGUGGACCACCUGAGAGGUCUGAAUAAAGAGCACUUUCCUCUC